AUGCGAGAUUUGGCUAGCCGCAUUGAGGCGCGAGACCUCCACUCUGAAGUAUGCUCUGUUGCGCAGAACCUGGCAAGGCGAGUGGAAGAGAUGGAGAAGCAAAUGAGGGGUUCGGCCCACGAGCUCAAACAGGCAAGGGCGGCUUCCCCGGACCACCGCGUCGGGUGGGGCAACAUUGUUAAUCCGGCGGUGUGA